AUGAGGAAAAAAGUUACUCCAUCAUCUACUUUUCAUAAUCCAUUUUCUUCUUAUAAUUAUCAUGAUGAUAAUAAUAAUAAGCACACAAAAAUUAACACUGCAAAUUUACAAGGUUCAACAAGAAUAUACAAGUGUGAUUUGUGCAGCAAAAGCUUCAGCUCCGGCAACGCACUCGGUGGCCACAAAUCAUCUCACAAGAAGCAAAAGACACAUCAUGAUGAUGAUAAUGAGAAACCGGAACAUAGUUGUUGUCAGGUUUGCAAGAAGUUUUUUUCAUCUAAUAAGGCUUUAUAUGGACACAUGAGAUCACACAAAAGAGAUGGCAAGAAGGUUAUUCAUCCACCACCAACUAUAUCCUCCUCCUUGGAGCAUAAUAAUGAUGUUGAUGAAGAUCGAUUUCUACUUAGGGCAUCGGUUCUUGACUUAUCAAAUUAUUUCCCACAAGGGUAG